AUGCCCGACGGCACGUUGCCACCCUUUGAGUUUGUCGUCGGCAACCGCCCGGAACAGCUCAAGGGCUACGGCCACAGUCACCUGCGCUCCCACGUCUCCAGGCGGGCUUGGAAGGGCCUCCGCGUGUCCGCCUCGUCGUCCUCCUUGUCUCUACCUCCCCCCUCCCCACCAGACACCCAUGGGAAGCACCCGCCCCGCCCCAAGAGACGGCCACGCAAGAAUAAGGCCUUGUCCAUUGCCUUUGAAUAUGCCCCCGCUGACGCCACUGCCGCUCCGUUCCAUCCGGCCGAGCGUGCUGGCGUAACGGGCGAGCUCGAGCAGAGGUCGAUGACGCCGCAGCUGCGUCUCGAGUGUUUUCUCGCUCAGUCCGGGGCGCUGCCCAUCGAUUAUCAGCUUGGAGGCGGGCGGGUCGAUCCCUUUCAUGCCCACCCGGGGCCAUGGAGGCCUUUUAUUCCGGCAUUGACGGAUCAUUAUAUUGUCCACAUGGCCGUGGACAUAGCCGAGCUCGAUGAACCAGGCCACGCAGGCCUCCUCCGCACCCGGUGGUUUCCUAUGGUUCUCUCGGACCCGUCCACCUUUGCCGUCGUCCUCCUCCUCUCCGCUGCCAACUAUGUAACUACCGUCAGCACUGCUAGAGGCGGCGAGCCUCCACCGAUGGCCACUAUUGCCUCGAUUGAUGAUGACUUCCGCGGCCCUAUGCAGCCCUGCCCCAGUCGGCGGCAUUUACUUCACCUCAAGCAAGCCGCCAUCGGCGCCAUCAACAUUGCGCUGAGCGAUCCAGGCCGACAUCUGUCCGAUGAGAUCAUCGGCGCCGUUGCAAAGAUGGCGAGCUUUGAGGCUAUGCAUGGCGAUCUGACCUCGUACCACACUCACAUGGAGGGCCUGCGCAUGAUGAUUCGUAUGCGCGGCGGCCUGUCCUGUCUCGGACUCGGCGGUCUCCUGCGCAGGAUGAUCGUCUGGAUCGAUCUGAACGCGUCCUUUCUCCUAGGCACCAACAGAUACUUUCCGAGCCAGACCUUUGCCGGUGUCAGCGCGCCAGAACCCCCUGAUGAGCCAAAUCCUGCCCGAUUCAUCGCCAUCCCGUAG